CAAGCUUGAGGACUAUCAGAUACUUGAGUUCGGUGGGCUUACAGCGUAUGUGCUUCAAAACAAACCUCUAGGCUCGUUUAGGCACGACUGAACACAUCAUUCUGUGCAUCGCAGCGCUUGACAUGAUAUAUCACGCGUAGUUUUCCCUUUUGCAGCAGAAUGAGACCAAUGUUAUAGUCAUUCAUUUUUAAACAAGAACGAAUUGAGGGGCUGGUUGAAAAGCAGCAUGUCACAUGGACAUCAACCGGUUUCGCGCUAGGGAGAGAAGCACAGCUUUCUGGAAUCCAGUAGUCAGAGGGAAUUUGAAUAGAAGGUCCGACUAAGCGGAGUUCCAACCACAAACAGACCAAGAGAGACCAAAACGCGAAGUAGGCUAUUUUAAUCUGAACGAAAUAGGGAUUUUAUCAAAAGGCAUUUGUUGUCAAGACUGCAAUGAAUACGAACGAUGCAAAGGAAUAUCUCUCAAGAAGGGAGAUACCUCAACUGUUUGAGAGCCUGCUGACAGGUUUGAUGUAUUACCGACCAGAAGACCCUAUCGAUUAUCUGGAGACUUGCCUGAAGAAAGUUAGAGAUCUUGGAGGCACCGAUAAAGUCAGAUGGGACACCUUUGUGGGACAAGAGAAGAAGUCUUUGCCACCUCUCAACGGAGGCCAGUCACGGAGGUCUUUUUUUCGUAAUGUUCUGCCCGACAGCCCCAACUUCCCCUACAGGAGGUACGAGCGCCUCCCCCCAAUCCACCAGUUCUCCAUCGAGAGUGACUCAGACCUGUCAGAGACAGCGGAACUCAUCGAGGAGUACGAGGUUUUUGAUCCAUCCAGGCCUCGCCCCAAAGUGAUCCUUGUCAUUGGUGGCCCUGGCAGUGGCAAAGGCACGCAGUGUCUGAAGAUCGCUGAGCGCUACGGCUUUGAGUACGUCUCUGUGGGGGAGCUGCUGAGGAAGAAGAUGAUCCACAACGCCACCAGCAACAGGAAAUGGAGCCUGAUCGCAAAGAUCAUCACCAACGGGGAACUGGCUCCACAGGAGACAACUAUAACAGAAAUAAAACAGAAAAUUAUGAAGAUACCAGAUGCUACUGGGAUUGUAAUCGAUGGCUUCCCCCGUGAUGUUGGACAGGCACUAUCCUUUGAAGAUCAAAUCUGCACCCCAGACCUGGUGGUGUUCCUGGCUUGCACCAACCACCGCCUGAAGGAGCGCCUGAAGAAGCGGGCCGAGCAGCAGGGUCGCCCAGACGACAACCCCAAGGCCACCGAGCGCCGUCUCACCAACUUCAAGCAGAACGCCAUCCCUCUGGUCAAAUACUUCCAGGAGAAAGCCUUGAUUGUCACACUAGAUGCUGACAGGGAUGAGGAGGACGUCUUCUUUGACAUCAGCCUGACUGUGGACAACAAGCUCUUUCCCACCAAAGAACCAGUGGCAGGUCCCAGUGAGCUUGACCUUAGUUUGCUGUCAGACACCACAAGCCUAACAGAGGCAGACGAGCCCUCCAAAUUUGAUGAGCAGGCAGAUGAAGAGGUGGCAGCAUGUGCAGUGUGUCCAACAGAGAUCUGCAUGGUGGACCUGAAGAAACCAAAGGUCGUCUUCGUGAUCGGCGGUCCUGGCUCAGGAAAGGCUCUGCAGUGUGAGCGUCUGGAGGAACGGUACGGCCUGAGACGCCUGACCCCCGGGGAGAUCUUAUGCAACGAGCUCCAGUCCCACAGCGAGAGGAGCCGAUACCUACGAGACCUGCUGGAGGGAGGAGAGAUUCUGCCAGAGGACACCCUGUUGGACCUGCUGUGUGAAUCCAUGGCUGCCCCCACUCGUCAUGGGAAAAACUUUCUAAUCAGCGGUUUCCCACGAGACCUUCGACAGGCAGAGGAGUACGAAGUCAAGAUGGGUCAGCCCAGCCUGGUGCUCCUGUUGGAGUGUUCGGCCGACACGCUGACCGGCCGGCUGCAGCAGAGGGCCAGGACAGCGCUGCGCUCGCAGGAUGGCCGAGACGUGGAGCAGGAUGUCCAGAGGAGGGUGGAGAGCUUCUGCAGCACCAGUCAGCCCGUGGUCUCCCACUACAAACACAGAGGCCUUCUGCACAAGGUGGAUGCAGAGAGGCCGCCGGACGAGGUGUUUGAGCAGAUCUGUGGGGUCCUGGAUAACUGCUAGAAGCUCCCAAGGCACUGAAGUCAUGCUGCUGCCCCCAAGUGGAGCAGAUGCUCAAAUUCUCCACCUGAGCUUGCAACGCAGCACACUGAGACACACACACACACACACACACACACACAAUCUCCUGUUCAGUCUCUUCUUCUGUUUGUGCUGUCUAGCCCAUUGCUCACCACAAUAAAAGGCCCAGCAUUGAUAAAAUACAAUACAACCUUGACACUAGUGUUCCUCUUUGCGAUCAGUCUCUCUCUUUCUCUCUCUCCCUGUUUCAGUUCAUUGCAUUGCUGCCACUGAGAAAUAUACACCAUGACUUGUUGCUACCGCUAAACCCAGCUCCCUAAGUCCUCAAGUGCUCAGGCAAUCCACAGAAGACAGAGCUUUGCUGAUAUUACUUUCACCAACAAAUAUGUCAGGUGGCCUAGGGGUGUACAAUGCCUGUCUGUAACUGUUCUUGUGUACUUCUCCAUUGAUGCUUUACAUAGUGUCGGGCAUGCAAAUCCAGCUAUGUGAGAAUUCAGACAAUUGCCUCUGUUUGUUUUAAGACCAAAACAAUCUGGAAAUAAACAACAUAGAGAAUUCUUGGGA